GGAAGCGAUUCACACCCCCACCCAACUACACUUGUUUGCUACUCAGUCACUCCCUUUUAGAUCUUCGACCGUCUCCCCCCCCCCUCUCUCUCUCUGUCUGUAAACAUAACAUACCAUGGCAGAUUUAAUUAUCUCCUCAUCUUCAUCUUCUUCAUUUGUAUCAUCAUCAUCCCAUGAAAACCCACCACCAACACUCCAACAAAGGCUUCAAUUGAUCCUCCAGACCCAGCCAGACUGGUGGGUCUACGCCAUUUUCUGGCAAUCCUCCACCGACCACAAUGGCCGUCUCUUCCUCUCUUGGCUUGACGGCCGUUUCCAGGGAACCAAACACUCCUCCUCAUCUUCACUUUCUCUCCCCCCCACCAAACCCAUCAGAGACCGAAAGACUAAGCUCACAAGGCCCUUACCAUCCAUCCUCACCACUUGUCAACAAAACUCUCCCUCCGACGGCGACGGUGACGUCACCGCCGCCGAGUGGUUCUAUUCCAUGUCGUUAACUCGGUCUUUCUCGGCCGGAGACGGCGUUCCCGGGAAGUCUUUUAGUUCUGGCUCCUUGGUUUGGUUAUGUGGAGGCCACCAACUUAAAUUUUACAACUGUGAAAGAGCUAAAGAAGCUCAGAUCCAUGGCAUUGAGACAUUUGUUUGUAUUCCAACCUGUAAUGGAGUUGUUGAAUUGGGUUCGAGCGAUGUGAUUAAAGAAAACUGGGGUUUGGUGCAACAAGCCAAGUCACUGUUUGGUUCAGAUCUCCCAAAACAACUCCCAAACACUAGUAAUAAUGGCAGUGGCUCUGUACACUUUCUUGAGAGAAACAUUUCUUUUGCCGAUAUCGGAAUUGUUGCAGGUUUACAAGACGACGAUGACAGUUUUGACAACAACAACAUCAACAACAUCAACAUCAACGUCAUCAACAAACGAGAAACCAAUGCCGAAUCUGAGCUUUCAGAUUCGGAUUGUCCUCUUGUUGCGGCACAUGAGCAGCAGAAAGCGGCGCCGAAGAAGAGAGGGAGAAAGCCGGGUGUAGGGAGGGAGACGCCGCUGAAUCACGUGGAAGCAGAGAGGCAGCGGCGAGAGAAGCUGAACCACCGGUUCUACGCGCUGCGUGCGGUUGUGCCGAACGUGUCGAGGAUGGACAAGGCAUCGCUGCUGUCGGACGCGGUCUCAUACAUCAACGAGCUGAAGGCGAAAGUAGAGGAGUUGGAAGCGCAACAAGUUCAGGUGGAGAGAGAGUUAAAGAAAGUGAAGACGGAGGUGGCGGACACCACCGCCGACAACCAGAGCGCCACCACUUCGGUGGAGCAAAUUAGGACGGCUAAUAAUUCUGAAUCGGGGGGUUUAGAGGUUGAAGUCAAGAUUGUUGGGUCCGAUGCAAUGAUUAGGGUUCAAUCGGACAACUCUAAUUAUCCUGCAGCCAGGCUAAUGGAUGCGCUCAGAGAUCUCGAAUUGCCGGUUUACCAUGCCAGCAUGUCAAGCGUUAACCAUCUCAUGCUUCAAGACGUUGUCAUUAGGGCUCCUGAUGGUUUCAGCACUGAGGAUGGACUCAAAGCAGCUCUCCUCACAAGAUUUGUCUAGUCUAAGAAUAAUUCCACUGCGCCUUAUCUAAUCUAAUCACACAAUUUUUACUACAAUAAAUUUCAUUCGGUGUCACAUGUAUUCAUUUAUUUAUAUGGAAGAAUCGUGUUUGAUUUUAUGAAUACAUGUAGAAGAAUUUUUAAUAUUAAUAGGACUAAUCUACUAGUUUUUU